UUAAAGAAAAAAUCAUAAGUAGAAGGAAAAAUAUUAAAGAAAAAUUUUAAAAUUAAUGUAAUAAUAUUAAAAACAUUUUUUAUUAACAAUAAUUGUUUUGUUGUCUAUAAAAUAACUUCACCGAAUCCUCUCAUCUACAAGAUAUUUAAAUUUAUUUACACUACAAAACAACAACAAAGACAACAUCAUCAUCAUCAUUGAACUAUGACAGGUGUCCAGAAGAAAUAGACAAAAAACAAAAAUAUUGGAAAAGACGCACACAAAAUACAAACGAAAUUUUAAUAGCAAAAGCAGAAAGGAAAAAAACACUAACAUACAUACCAGUGAAUAACAAACAACAUUUUAACUUUGCAAGCAGCAUUAAAAGCAGCACAUAUUAUUUUGUAAUUCUGCUUUAUUUUAUUUUGUUAAAUUACAAAACACGCAUUAAAUAUUUAUAAAUUCCAGUAAUUAAACAAGUUGGCAAAAUUAAUUGAAAAAGUAAUAAAACAAAUAACAAGAAGUUUGCAUAACAAACGAAAAACAAAUUUACGAAAACCUGAACAAAUUUAAAUUCUACCAACAACACUUAAAUCGAAAAGUGUAUAAAAAAGUUGAUAAGCAUUUUUAACUUUAUAACUAUACAAACAUAUUUAUAACAUCUAAAAGACCUCAAAAACAAUUAAACUAAACAAUGCAGUCAGCCUAAUAAAACAAAAAAACCUGUGGAAUAUGAUAAGAAUGUAAGAAACCCAGAAAAUUGAUUGAACUUAAUUUGACAGAAAAGAAAUAGUUUUACAUAAAACCCCCCAAAAUACAUGACCAGUAGAUGGGUCUUUUGAAAUUAAUAAAAACAUCACAGUGCAAUAUUUUAAAACCUAAAAAAAGAACUAACUGAAUGUUAGCUAAACAACUAUAAGAGACUUUUAAAACAACCAUUCCUUCUCCUUUUAACAAAACAUGGAACUAUUACAUCGUUUAUUUUACACAUUUGUGGGCACUGCUUCUGUUCUGUAUUUUGUGGUUAAAGUAGCUUUGGUUUGGAAACGUCGUGGUAUUUUACAUGAAAAACCUAAAAAACCUUGGGGUCAUUUAAAAGGUGUCGGUCAACGCCAUGUAGCUGAAGUAUUACAAACUCUAUAUGAAAAGUACAAAGGUCAGGCUCCGUUUAUAGGUUUCUAUGCUUGGCUUAAACCUAUGUUACUUAUUUUAGAUAUAGAUUCCAUUAACUAUAUUCUAAAUAAAGAUUCCAAAUAUUUUAUGGAUAGAGGUUUAUAUUACAAUACCCAUGAUGAUCCCUUAACACAAAAUCUCUUACAAAUGGAUGGCAUUGAAUGGCAGCAUUUAAGUUUAAAAACUAAAGCUUUACAGUGGCCCGAGAAAAUGACCAAUAUAUUCUCGUCUCUUCUAAAAGUACAGCAAACUUUUGAUAAUUCUCUACAGGAAAAAGUAAAUGAGACAGAUUUAGUAUACAACAUUAGCCAACUAGUGGAAGGUUUCAACAUAGAUGUCAUUUCCUCAUUAGCCUUUGGUCUAGAAGGUGACUCUCUACGCUAUAAGGAGACACAAUUUCAUAAAAUGUGUAAAAAUUAUACACAACAAAAUAACAAUAUCUAUAAGCCUAUUUGGGCUUUCUCUUUCCCACGCCUAGCAAGGCUUUUACAAUAUCGUUUGUAUUCGCCAGAGGCCACCAAUUAUUUUCAGAAACUUAUCAAUGAUAAACUAUACGAACGUGAAUAUCAACGUUCGCAACAAACACCCUAUGAUUUUCUACAAAUGUGGAGUGAUUCUCGUAUAAGUACAAGUAUGGAGGCGUUUAAAAAACUUGAUAGUUCCGAGAUAGCGGCUCAAGCAUUUAAUUUCAUACCAGCUGGUCUGGAGGCGUGUACAACAACUGUAUCGUGCUGUCUUUAUGAAUUGGCUUUACAGCCGGAUAUACAGGAAAAGGCAAGACGCGAGAUACUAUGUUUUGCUAAAUAUCAAAAUAAAUUGGACGGCUGGAAGGGUGUUAAGGAAAUGGUGUAUUUGAAGCAGAUUUAAAAUGAAACCCUUCGCAAACACUCACCAUAUCCAUUCCUUUUGCGUCUCACAACCAAAGACUACGAACUACCCAAUUCUAUAUUUAUGCUACGCAAAGGCAAUCAUUUAAUUAUACCCACUGCAGGUAUACACAAUGAUGCCACCUACUAUGAGCAACCGGAAAAAUUUGAUCCAGAUCAUUUUCAUUCCACAAAGGUACAAAACAGACCACUAUGUGCAUUUUUACCAUUUGGCAUGGGGCCACGUUCGUGUAUGGCCCAACUCAUACAACAACAAAUGUUAGUUUGCCUAGUGACACUACUUAAUAGAUACUCCUUUGCUCCGUGUCAGGAGACUAUAAUUCCCCUAACCUAUGACAAUGGAAAACUACUAAAGAAACCAAAAAAAGAUAUUAAACUUAUGAUUAAGAAACUAUAAAUAUAGAUGAUGAUAUUUUAAAAUGAAAAGAGAAAUAUUUAAGCUUUUAAAUGAUGUAUGUAUGUAGGUUAUUUUUAAAAUUAUUGGAUAAAACUGUAAUUAAGUUUUGUUUUUGUUAUUUAAUGUAUUAUAUUUUUUACAUUAACGUAUGUUUAAUGACCGUUCAAUUAUUUAAGGUUUUUGUUUAAAUCAUAUGUAUUCAGUCAGUGUGCUUGUUUUAAUUAAUGUUUAAGUUUAAUGUUUUGGUUCUUCCUUAAUUAGUAUUUGUGUAUUGAAUUUUGUAAUUGAGUAUUGAAUUUUUAUUAUUUUUGAAUUUUGCUCAAAUCAUUAAUUAAAGAUUUCCUAUAACUAUGUUUAUUAUUGUGAUAAAUCGCUAUUGUAUUUAUAUUAUUUUUCUAUUAGUUUGUAUUGUUUGAAAUUAAAAGCUCGACAAAAAAAACGGAGAAACCUUUUGAGUUUAUAAUGGAAUAUAAAUGGCUUUACCGAUCAAAUAAUUAUAUACUUAAUAAAUGUGUAAAUAAAGACAGUGAAAUAAAACCGAA